GUCGUAAAGUGGUUGUUUCUGCCGUAAAGUCACAUGGCAGCAGCCGACAGCGUGUUUGACACUUUACUUCUCCAACUACUGCCUCUUUUUCACCCUUUUACUUCUCUAACCACUACUUCUUUUUCACCCCUUUACUUCUCUAACCACUACUUCUUUUUCACCCCUUUACUUCUCUAACCACUACUUCUCUUUCACCCCUUUACGUCUCUAACCACUACUUAUUUUUCACCCCUUUACUUCUCUAACCAUUACUUCUUUUUCACCCCUUUACUUCUCUAACCACUACUUCUUUUUCACCCCCCUGCUCAUUUGGAAGCUGAAGAGGUGAAAGCUGACCUUUCUUAUGUAGCCUGUGAUCGACUCUUGGCCAUGUUUGUGUUGGUGGAGAUGGUCGACACUGUCAGGAUCUGUCCCUGGGACUUCCACAAGCAAGUCAACGAGGCAGUGUCCGAGGAGCUCAACAAAAAGCUGGCGAACAAGGUGGUGUACAACGUGGGCCUGUGCAUCUGCUUGUAUGACAUCACCAAACUGGAGGACUCCUACAUAUUCCCAGGGGAUGGCGCCUCACACACCAAAGUCCAUUUCAGGUAUGUGGUGUUUCACCCGUUCCUGGAAGAGAUCCUGGUGGGCAAGAUCAAGUACUGCAGUCAGGAAGGCGUUCAUGUGACCAUGGGCUUCUUUGACGACAUCCUCAUCCCGCCAGAGUCCCUGCAGCAGCCCACGAAGUUUGACGAAGCCGAGCAGGUGUGGAUGUGGGAGUAUGAGACCGAGGAGGGAGCCCACGACCUCUACAUGGACCCUGGAGAGGAGAUUCGCUUUCGGGUGGCGGACGAGCUAUUUGUCGACACGUCGCCCACGGGACCCACCGCUGACGCCACGGCUGACACACAACCUGGACAGUCCACGGCACCACCGCCCCCUGCUGAGAAGAAAGAAGCACCGUACACGCUCAUAGGCACCAUCUGUGAGCCGGGCCUGGGGCUGCUGUCAUGGUGGAACAAUUAGCAGCAACAGCAGCAGGAGGAGGAGCUGAUCAGGACGAGGAGGAGCUUAUCUGGGCGAGGACGCCAGACUGGAGCGCCUGGGCGACGCAGCAGGCAGGCCCACUAUUGACAGAAUGAUUUUAGGUUGUCUCUUGUCCUGAUUGUCUUCAUACGACAGCAAGACUGCAAGCAAACACAAGCUGGGAUUGUCUGCUGUCAGAAGUAAGAAAGAUGAGGAGAGGAAGGUAAUGGUGGCUUUUUCUCACUUCAGUCCUAUACAGUGUGUCAUGUGACCACUGCAACCUGUGCACUGUGGACUGACAAAAGGACUUUUGUUCACAUAGAACUAAAUAUGUAAAUAACUUUUGCUUUGCACUUGAGUGGAACAAAGCACAUUCAUGUUUUUUUCCCCCCAAAUAAAAGCCAAUCUAUGGA